UGUCAUUAUUGCAGGGGAAUAUAUUGAGAGAAAAUUAAACAUUUUCACAAAGUUACGUGUUUAUUAAAAAUAACAUAUAUACUCAAAUAUUAAACAGCAGACAUGAGCGACAUACAAACCUUAAUGGACAUGGGUUUCCCCAGAGAUCGAGUUGAAUAUGCAUUGAAAGUAACUAGCCACAAGGGCGUCGAAAUGGCCAUGGAAUGGCUAUUGGCCCAUGGUGACGAAGAGAUACCCGCUGCAGCAGCAAGCGAUGCAGCAGCCGCAGCUCCUGGCGAAGACACAGCGCCUAGCAGCAGCGGUGCUGCCGAGGGCGCAGCAGUAGCCAAAUCUCUGAAAUGCGAUGACUGUGGCAAGGUGCUCAAGGAUCAGACUGAGGUGGAAUACCAUGCGGCCAAGACAGGCCACAGCAACUUCUCCGAAUCCACCGAGGAGAAGAAAGCGCUCACCGAGGAAGAGAAGAAGGCACAGUUAGCUCUGAUUGAGGAAAAGCUCAAGCAGAAGCGCGUGGAGCGAGAGGAGCGCGAAAAAGCUGAUGCUCUGGAGCGUGAACGUAAUCGUAUUCGCUCCGGCAAAGACAUGACAGAAGCACGCCGUCGCAUGGAAGAAAUCGAAAUGAAGAAAAUCGUGGAUCAGCGCAAACGUGAAAAGGAGGAGGAGAAGGCGGCACGCGAUCGUGUUCGUGCACAGAUCGAAGCGGACAAAGCGGCACGCAAAGCCAGGGAAGCAAAGAACAGUCCCGGUGCCCAAUUGUCGGACGCCGUGCCCUCUGUCAGCUCCACUACGACAGCCACCACGCCUACUGGCGUCAAGUCGCCACCGCGCGAGUAUACGGAGACACGCAUUCAGGUGCGAUUGCAAGACGGCUCCACACUAGCUUCCGAAUUCAAUGUGAAGGAGCCGUUGUCCGCUGUGCGUGUGUUCAUCCAGGUGAAGACUGGCAUCGAGAGUCCAUUCGCACUGAUGACCACAUUUCCGCGCAAGAUCUUUGCCGAUGAGGACUAUGAGAAGCCGCUCGAGGUGCUGGGCCUUGUGCCCUCCGCUGUGAUCAUCAUGACCAAGCCAGCUGCGUAAAGGCUGUCAUAAACAACCACAACAACAACAAAAACAACGGCAACAGCAUCUUGAACUAACUAUACAUAUAUAAAAAACUAUAAUAUAAUAAAUAUGUCGCGAUAUAUGGGGCGUACGAUUUUAUAUAAAGCAAAGGAAAAGCUUAAAUGUUUUACAAUUUGUGCUACAUGAA